AAAGCUGGCUCAGACGGAGCGGCAGGAGAGUUGGAGACGCAUCCAAAGCGCGCAGGACGCACAGACGGAGUUCAAAGCGACUCCAAGCAGGCAAGAAAUAAACCUUCCUUCCCUUCAAGUGGACUUAAUCUGCAGCCACCAACACUCCGUCCAGUUCGCAUUUUCUCCUGACUGCCGAGGAAUCCAGUUUGUGGAAUUUCAUUUUUAAAGAAACAGUAUUUUAAGCCAUGCAUCGGUGCAAAGUGGUGCUUCUGCUGCUGGUGGUCAUCCUGCACUUCCUGAGCGCAGAAGCCUAUAAGUGCAGAUGCACCAGAAAAGGACCAAAGAUCAGAUAUAAGGAUGUGCAGAAGCUGGAGAUGAAACCCAAACAUCCCUUCUGCCAAGAGAAGAUGAUAUUCGUAACCAUGGAGAACAUCUCUCGGUUCAAAGGUCAGGAGUACUGCCUGCACCCCAACCUUCAGAGCACCAAGAACCUGGUCAAAUGGUUCCGCAUCUGGAAGGACAAGCACAGGGUUUACGAAGCCUAAGCUGUCCGUCUCUCCAGAACAACAGGGAUCCACUAAGACAGAGCCAGACCCGGACAGAACCAGAACUGUUCUGUGAAGAAAUGACCAGAGACCUGUUGCGAACAUUAAAAUUGCAUCUGUAGUCUGUAAAUCAUCUGACGGGAUUGUUUUAGUCUCCCGUCCAGGUAGUUCCAUUACUCACAUUCCCGGCCUCCACGGCGACAUUCGUCAGGUUUUAUUUAAGGAACCGUCUCGGUUAUUUUACCUCUUAGGAUUCUACCAACGCGAGGCGGUUCAGGUUCUGAAGAAACACGGAAACCAAGAACAUGUACACAUGUAGCAUGAGGAGAAACGUUUCUUCACUGUCAUAAAAUAAAUUAGAUUCUUUUUCUAGAAAAGAUACUGACAUUCUGGAAGAGUGUGUGUGUGUGUGUUUGUUUCUAAUACCUUGUGGGGUACCUUUUCCUGACACAUACCACGUUGUGGGGACCCACUGCGCGUUGUGGGGACCGAAGCCUGAUCCCCACAAGGGGAAACGCUGUUUUCGGGUCAGGGGUCAGAUUUAGGACUAAGAAAUGAAUGGAAGUCAAUGAAAAUGUGUGUGUGUGUGCAUGUGUCCAACUAGCACAAGACUUUCCACCAUCUGGUUUGUAAAAUAUUCUCUGGUUUAAUCUGCAGGUCGUAGGUGAAACAAUGUUAGUGCCAUUCUGGUGUGUUUAUAUAAAGUAUACGAUCAUACCUGUUAUAUACGUCUGUCAGUUUAAGAUUUGUGUAAUGAUGCAUUAUUUCAUACUAUUUUUAUAACUAUUUGUUCAAAGCAUCAGUUAGGCUUCGCUCUACUGGUUUUGUUCCUUUAACCACAGAUAAAACCUCUUCUUCAAUCUUCAUCCUGUCUGUAUUAUUCUUAUAAAUCAUUGAAGAGGUGAAAUAAAAUCUUUACGAUCUAAAAUGAAAUCUAGAUGAGAGUUUGUAUUAUUUUGUUUUUUCAUGGAUUGUUGCCCCUUCCAUUAAAGCCACAGACUUUCAUGUG